GGAUAGUUCACAUGGUUUCCUGAUGGCUAGUUUACAUGGUUUCCUGGUGGCUAGUUCACAUGGUUUCUUGAUGGUGUACGUUCAAGAGGUUCAACAUUGACGGCAGCGACAGGUUCAACUUUAUCAACAUGUACACACGAUCAACAAAUACAGUUGUAUCAACAUGAUUAACUAGUCAACUUUAUCAACACAAGAUCAAAACCAACUUUAUCAACGCGUAAACAAGUGCUUUUUUAUCAACCUAAUCAACAUGUUCAACUUAACACAAUCAACUGUUUCAACUUAACACAAUCAACUGGUUCAACUUAACACAAUCAACAGCAUCAACUAAACACCAUCAACUGUUUCAACUUAACAAACACCUCAAUCAAGCCGUGCCAAUUAAAAUAUUUUCACCCACUGUUUGACGUCAGACGUUAAUUAAACUUCCUCCUAAUUAAGACAACAGCACUCUUUAAACCCAGUUGGUGCUAGGCUGCCAGUUAUCGACCAAUCAACGACAUCCAAACACGGACCUUAUUCGGUGUUCACAUUCUAAUGUACUAAAGCUGUACAUGUUCUCAGAUUCAACACAUUCGGAUAUUACCAUCUUAAAACGGAGCAGAUUCCUACUUCGUACGCAUUCUGAUACUGGACUAAUUCUGACAUUGUACAGAUUCUCAAAUUAUUUUUCCAACGUUCACACUAUUGGAACAGGGAGGAGUUAACAAUGCGAUCCUACAGCUGACACACAAACUCGGCAUGUUUCCCUGAACUGAUCACCUCCUGACCCCCCGGCCAUGGCCUUGCUGAGGUCAAGGUCGACUGAGUUCCUGCCCACCCGGUCCAUCUCCUCCAGCACGCGCAAACUGCAGGAGGCGUUGUACACGCACCUGGAUGACCUUGAGAAAGGGGCGUUCAUCGAGGCCCUCAGCUCGUACGGGCGCCGGCGUGAUGUGUUCGAGCUGGUUAACGCCCUCCGGAAGAUCCUCAACACGCCCGUCAAGCGUCAGCUGUUUCCCCUGGUCAGGCGGGUCAUCCGGCCAGAGGAUGGCGGGGCUUUUGAUCUGCUCACCAGGGGAGAUCAGCAACACAGCACCUUGCCGCGGCCAUAUUUGUUCCGGCCCCACCUGGCCGACCUGAACGUCCUCAACAAGUACCGGUCCGGCACCCUGUCUUCUGCCGGACGACGUGCCGGGCUGUCGGAGACCAACGGACCCACCGUCACGGUGCAUCGGUCUGGGCAGAGGGAGCAGAGUGAAGCUGGACCCGCACAGAAACACAAGACAAUGACACGACGCUCGUCCAACUCGCACCGCGGGCAGGAAGGGGAAAUAAUCGAGGUGGAACUGGGCGAGCCGAACCCUGACGAGGCUGGCUACGGCUUCACCAUCAGGGGCGGGGUCGACAUCGGCGUGGGGGUCUACGUCUCCUCGGUGGACCCCGGGGGUCUGGCAGAGAAGAAUGGGCUGGAGGUCGGUGACCUCAUCCUAGAGGUCAACAACAUCUCCUUCACUGACGUCACGCAUGACGAGGCAGCCAGGAUCAUCAAAGCAGCGACGAGGCUUCACGUCACAGUGUCACGUGUUGGCCGUAUCCCCGGGACUAUGACGGUCCUUGAAGCCUACAAAUGGACGGACCCCAAGGGCCGGCCGGUCUCUCCCCCUCUCCUGGGCAGCGGCCCUGGGUCAGGUGAGGAUGAGGGCAGAGACAGGAGCGGCACCUUGAUGCUCAAAGGCAGCGAUGAGAGAAAGGUCAACAUUGUGGUACAGAGGGGUCAAGGUCUCGGCCUGAUGAUCAGGGGUGGGAGUGAGUACGGGUUGGGGAUCUUCAUCUCUGGGGUCGAUCCCUUCUCUGUCGCUGAGAACGCUGGACUUAAGCCUGGGGAUCAAAUCCUGGACGUGAACGGAAGAAAUUUUCUCACCAUCAGCCACGCUGAGGCCGUGAAACAUCUAAAGCACGGGCGUCACGUGAUCAUGACGCUGAGAGAUGUCGGGAAGAUUCCAUUCGCUAAGACCACCAUUGACGAGACGGGCUGGGUGGAGAGUACAAGGAUAGGGUCGUACGAUCAGAGCACGUCUAGUCGUGGAUCAACCAUAGCAAGCAUUUCAGACCUUGACGUACAGAAGAAACUACUGCGUGCCGUCAACCCCGCCCUGACGUCUGCUGGUGGGAGCACCCCCAGGGGUCAACUGUCCGGCCAGGCCAGUCUUCUGCUCAACAGCACGGAGCAGACGGCCUUGAACUAUUACCUGGCGGAGUACGACAAGCAGACGAUAGCGGUCCAAGGUCUUCUGCAGGCGUUGUUUGAGCUGCUCAACACGCCGGCCAAGCUGACCUUGAUGUCCGCGAUCCGAACAUGUGUCCUGCCUAAAGACCUGGUGACCUUUGACCAGCUGGUGGCCAAGCAACAUCUGGAUCGCUCUCUGAACGACGCCAGGAAGGUUCUGGCACCGGAGCGGAUGUCCAUCCUGUCGUUUGACAGUGACGACGGCACCAGACGCUCUGAGGACCACCGACGUACGUUGUUUUCACAUCCGACCAAACGCCUACAUGUGAUGGACGUCCUUGACUUUGACCCGGAAGAUGACCUCACGCCAUCUCACGCGCUGAAGAGUGAAGCCUACAGGACAAUGAGUCGCUCCACCCCAGAGAUAGGUACCGCAGACAACGUUCACUACAUCACAUCAACAAUGUCAAGGCCGAGGUCAAAGUCCCCCCACUCGGCUGGGAGACAGAGGAAGUUGAUGAAAGCACUCACCCAGACCCCCACCCCCCACCGGCCACGGGCUGAUUCGGUGGGCAGAACUAACAGCAAGGUCGAUGACCCCAGCGAUGACAGUGGUGUUGACAUCCACGGCCAACCCACCAACCACGAGGAUUCUUCUGCCAACCACAACUCUUACCUCCAUCAUUACCUACAGUUACAGCAGAAGCCAGCCAGACAUUACACCGGAACCGGAAACAACCAAAACUCCCAUCGUGUCGUACACCACGUGGCCGAGGUCCACCAAGCAGACGGCCAUUUUGAUGACGUCAACGACUCCUCCACUAUUUCCUCCAACGACGACCGUCAUCAAACAAUCCAGCAUUCCGACCAAGGUCGGCAGUUAAGGUCAAGGUCGAAAUCCAACUCCCGCCCUCACACGCCGACCGUUACGUUCGGUCACGAUGACGUCAUCAAUGGCGGGAUGACAGAAGAUGUUGACAUCAGAAAACCACAUCACGGUGUCUCACACCCACCCUCCACACGACAGCCCAACAGACCAACCGAGGACGAUGUACCCGCGUCAAAUGUUUCCAACAAAACUGCCCCCAUUCAUCCAUCCCGCCACUCAACUUCCGGUUUCCCCAGAAACCAACAGACCACCAUCACAAUAAACGGAACACCCAUGUCACCAUCUGUCUCACGACACCACCCGACCUCCAACAACAGCAUCACAUCCACACCACCAGACAACCUGACACCAGACGACAACCACCUCAAGCUAACGAAACCUCGGGCCGUCAAACUCGCUCGCUCCAACAAGGUCAGGUCACCCGUACCUGACAGAAAACCCGUGGCAGCGUCACUGUUUCAGAGACAACCCAACCCAACCCCAUCUAGUGCCAUCAUCAGGCUAGACUCUUCCGCCCCCACCCCGCCUCAGGAACCAGCCAAUCAAAAACAGAGAAGAUUCUCGUCACCCACUAAAAACUCACCAAAAAAAUCCGCCAGCUCCAAGUAUUCAUCCGCCAAGCCUACGGCUUCCGUUGCUGUCCCGCUGAUAAAAAUAAACCCUCAGACCCAUCCGCAUGCGGAGGCUGCGUCAUCAAGGUUAAGUAUGACGUCACAAGCCCCUUCGGCGACAAUUAACGUGACGUCAAACUACGUCAAUGACACUGUCAAUCAUACAGACACGGUGAGCAGGCUCGGGAAAAACGUCGUCAACAUUUUGGUGGGCGGGGCUUCACCGCCAACCCCCAAACAGGAGCCGUGUGACGUCAUGGACGGGUGCCUGGGUCAGAAAGGUUUCCGCCUCCCCCGCCCCGAGGUCUACACACCCGUGGAGCUGGCCCACAUGGACGACCAGAGCAAGAUCGAGGCUAUCAAGAAGAAAGCGGCCGAGAAGUACGGGGAAAUCCCCCUAGAGGUGGUCUACAUCUACCGCAGUAAACCCACGCUAGGUGUCGCCAUAGAGGGCGGGGCCAACACCAGACAACCUCUGCCAAAGGUCAUUAAUGUGCAGCCCGGUGGCUCCGCCUACGAGUCCGGUGGCCUAAGGGUCGGUCACGUGAUCCUAGAGGUCAACGGUCAGCCGGCCGUGGGCCUGUCCCACAUGGACGCUGCCAGACUUAUCGCCGAGUCCUUCAAGAACAAGAACAGCGACCGCAUGGAGCUGCUGGUCACAGAGUGGUCAAGUCAGCUGCUCGACGCCAUCAGGGUCGACGUGGGGCUCCUCAAGGUCUGA